GUGCAGCAUCGGAUCACAGGGCAGGUGAUGGCACUGAAGAUGAACACUCUGGCUAGCAACAAAGCUAACAUGCUACGGGAAGUGCAGCUCAUGAACAGGCUUUGCCAGCCGAACAUACUCAGGUUUCUUGGGGUUUGUGUGCAUGAAGGUCAACUCCACGCUCUGACUGAGUAUAUAAAUGGAGGCAACCUGGAGCAGCUGUUGGACAGUGACCUGUACCUGUCAUGGUGCGUCAGGAUUGGUCUGUCCCUGGAUAUCGCCCGAGGGCUGCAGUACCUGCACAACAAAGGCAUAUUCCACAGAGACCUCACCUCCAAGAACUGUCUGGUUCGCUGUGAUAACGGCAUGUUCACUGCUGUGGUGGGAGACUUCGGCCUGGCAGAGAAGAUCCCUGAUUACAGUGAUGGUGGGGGGAAGCAGCCUCUGGCCAUCGUUGGCUCCCCCUACUGGAUGGCCCCUGAAGUUCUGAGAGGGGAGCUGUACAACGAGAAGGUGGAUGUGUUUGCGUACGGCAUCAUCCUGUGUGAGAUCAUCCGCCCUGAUUGA